AUGAAAAGCUGGCAAGAUAUCAGAGAUCAAAAGUUAAAAGAGCGGGAUGAGAAGUUGAAGCCCUUUUCUCCCAAAACAGAAUUACCCUCCAUUGAUGAGCUGAAUGAUGUGUCAGAUUACAUUGAUAAAUCAGAUGUCCUCAGUAACGACGAAAAAGGUAUUACCAAUUAUUCCAUCACAGAAUUAAUUGAAAGAUACAGAAAUGGAACUUUGAACGUUGAAGAGGUUACGAGAGCAUACUGCUGUCGUCUAGCAGUUGCAAAUGAACUUGUGAAUUGCAUUACAGAAGUGCGUUUUAAUGAGGCUUUAGAAGAGGCAAAAGAAGAAGACAGAUUUUUUAAGCGCACAGGUAAGCUUGUUGGUCCCCUUCAUGGUGUUAUUGUUACAUUGAAAGAUAACAUCAGAGUUUCCGGUCUUGCAACUUCGAUGGGCUUUAUAGGUCUAUCGGAAAGCAUUGAAGCGGAGGAUUCACCUAUGGCCAAGUUAAUCAAAGAUCUUGGUGGUAUUAUUUUGGGUAAAAGUAACACUUCUGCUGGAAUGAUGUAUUCAGAAAGUACUAAUAUGCUCUGGGGUAGAACAUUGAAUCCUUACAGUAGAAAAUACUUGAAUGUUGGCGGUUCUUCAGGCGGUGAAGGUGCCAUUGCAGCUUUGAAAGGAUCAUGCUUUGGAAUUGGAUCAGAUAUUGGAGGAUCCGUUAGACAUCCUGCGGCAUUAAACUAUGUUUAUUCCAUAAAGCCAUCGUUCGGCCGUCUUCCUUGCUUUGGUACCGCCUCUGGGCAGCCUGGUCAAGAGUCUGUGAGAACAGUAUAUGGUAUUCUUUCCAAAAAGCUGGAUAAUGUGAAGUACGUGUUACAGCAAAUUGUCGAUGCAAAGCCAUACAAAGGAUAUGAUGCAACAUGUCUUCCUAUAGACUUUCGGCCUUAUAUUUUGCCUCAAAGAAAAUUGAGAAUUGCGUUUUUGGAUACAGAUGGUCUUUCUACUGCCACACCACCAGUGUUGAGAGGUCUCCAGAUUGUGAAAGAUAAAUUGAAGUUUAAUGGACAUAUAGUGAUUGAUUGGCCCGAUUUAUAUCUUAAGGAUAUUAGGGAAACAAUAUAUCCGUUUUAUGAUGCGAAUGGCUUUCAAGCUAUUUUCGACAUAAUUAAAAAGUCCGGUGAACCUGUUGACAAGCUACUUUCAAGAUGGUUUCCAACGGCAAGAGACAUGAAUGUUUCGGAAUUGUGGAAAUUACAAAUCAAGCGUACCGAACUGGCCCAGAAAUAUAUGGAGUUGUGUAACGGAUAUUUCUCUGAGGGAAAAAUUGAUGCAAUCAUCACGUAUUCCUCUCCUCUUCCUGCCUGUCUAAUAAAUGGUGUUGUACCGCUUCCUUGUACGGCAAUUUGGAAUGGGCUUGAUUAUGCUGCAUCAACUUUCCCUGUGACAAGGUGUGAUCCUAAAGUUGAUAUACCGAUCCAAAAGAAAGCAUAUAUUUCAGAAUGUGAUGAAAAAGUUCAUACCACUUACAAAGAAAGCUUACAUAGGUUUGCUGGAGGUCCGGUCGCUCUACAAGUUGUUUGUGGUAAACUCGAAGAGGAAAAAUGUUUAGAAUUAACUAAUUAUAUAUCUAGCUUGAUUUAA